GAGGGAGCAGCUGCGGGAGGAACCGGCUGCUGGACAAGGUUAACCCACCACAGGACAUAUCAGGGCUGCUGUGUCCAGGAUGGGGCUCCCAGCACGAGGAAGACCCUGCCCAGCCUGGAGCGAGUCCUGCCGAGCCCAGAGGAUGGUUGGGCCUGGAGCACAUUAUGGACAAGGAGAGGCUGAGAGAGCUGGGCUUUGAGAAACCUUUCAGGGGGAAACACUGAGCAAGGCCCCAGGGCAGCUGGGGGAUCCCAAUCCAUGGACGUUCUCCGUGUCUGAUGAGACAAAGCCUUGAGCCCCUGAUGUGUUUGGAGCUGUGUGAGAAAGGGUUUGGCUGAGAGACCAGCAGUGGCAAGAGCUGUGGGACUGGGGUGCAAGAAAGGAGCCCCCAUCUUCCGGGUGCCCCGACCCCCCCAUUCCUUUUUGGAGUGCCCCCUCCGUCCCCGCCCCAGGGAAUGGGAGGGGCCGUCCUCGCUUCAGCCAAUGAGAGGCGCGACCGCGCGGGUCCAACCGCCGGCGCGGGGCUGCGGAGCCUUAACGGCAGCGCGGAGGUGAGGGCGGCAGCGCGGAGCCUUAACGGCAGCGCGGAGGUAAAGAAGGAUCCAGAAUGCAGAGGAUGCAAAGGAUCGUUGGGCCAGAUUGCUACUUUCCCAGCCGUAGCACUCUGGACAUGGAUGUGGCCAAGUUCCUCCUGACCAGACAGAAGGACGCUGCUGAGGUGUCACCUGCCAAGAAGGAGUUCCAGAGAGCCCGAGCAGUGAUUCUGAACGGCUUUGAUCUGGAAAAGGCAAAGAUCCUGGGCCUCAGUGGAAAGGCUCAGAGCACUGCGGCAGGCUUUCAGAACAAUCUCAAAGCGUUCUACAGGCACCAGGUGAUGCCUGGGUGCAUCAGGAGGAAGGGCCGAUGCAUUUCGUCCGCAGCAGACUGGAUCCUGGAUGCCCCAGGCAUCCGCGAUGACUAUUGUCUGACUCUCCUUGACUGGAGCACUCAAAACCUCCUGGCGCUGGCUCUGGACACCACUGUCUACCUGUGGGACCACACCUCCGGGGAGACCGUCAACCUCAUGGAGACAGAGUACGCAGCUGGUUAUGUUUCCUCUGUGUCCUGGGGUAACGGAGGAGACUGCCUUGCUGUUGGCACGAGCAAUGGUGAGGUGCAGUGUCAGAAACGUCUCCGCACUCUGACCAGCCAUGUGUCCUGUGUGGGGUGUCUCAGCUGGAACAGCUACAUCCUGUCCAGCGGGUCAUGCAGUGGCCUCAUCCACCACCACGAGGUCCGAGUCGCUCAGCAUCACGUGGCCACGCUCGCUGGUCAUAUGCAGGAGGUGUGUGGACUGAAGUGGUCUCUAGACGGCCACUACCUUGCCAGUGGUGGUGAUGACCACGUGGUGAACAUCUGGCCAAGCAUCCAGGGGGGCCAUGGAGGAUUUGCUCCAGUCCAGACCUUCCGUCAGCACCAGGGUGCUGUCAAGGCUGUGGCAUGGUGUCCGUGGCAGUCCAGCAUUUUCGCCACUGGAGGUGGAGCCAGUGACAAACGCAUCCGCCUCUGGAACGUGUGUUCUGGCAGCUGCCUCAGCAAUAAUGUUGCCCGUUCCCAGGUUUCUUCCAUCCUGUGGUCAACAAACUACAAGGAGCUCAUUUCAGGCCAUGGAGAGAAUCAGCUGGUGAUCUGGAAGUAUCCAGCCAUGUCCAAGGUCACCGAGCUGCGAGUUAGACACCAGUUCAGAGAACCACAUCACCUCCUCAGACCAUUUGUCGGCAUGAAGCUUUGCCCCUCUGAGGCUGCAUGCUGAACCUGCAGAAAGAGACACGCUUAGGCACAACGCAAAGACACAGGCAGGGCCCUGCCAUUCCCAUCUCCUGCUACGUUACCUUGACUGCUCGCCCAUGAGCCUGCAUCAUCUUGGACUUCCACGCUGAGGCUUGCGCUCUACCUGGAAUACACAAACAGCAAAGGACGGGCAUCCCCUCAUGGACUGUAAGGCAGCUGAACAAUAACUGUGGCUUCACGUGACUCACCAUUGCUCAGUACCUUCCCAGGUCAGCUCUGUCGCUGUUGAGACACGACACUGUGAGGUGGAAGCAAGUUUCUUUAUUGAAGUUACAUGGCUGGCCGGCGGCGCUCGAUCUUACACGCGCCUCUUCUACCCUUGAUUAACACACGCAUCUCCGCAUGAUUGGAUUAGCUUAUACAUAAACAAUCUGUGAAUGGAUGGUACUACUUUCAUGCAUGGUCCUAUAUUGUCUGCCCACUUGCCGUCCCAUGCUCUCCUUCUGGGUGCAUUAAGCAGGGGUCCUCAGACCGCUGUGGACCCCACAAUUCCCCCUUUUUGUAUUUGUGCUAAUGAAAAUUGCCCAUUAAAGAUUGCCUGUGUCGGCUGCUGCGGGGCCCUUCGCAGCAGACACACAAUGCAGGGCAACAUCGACAGCACAACUACAAACAUACCUGUACUCCAUAAACUGUUGGAAAAUGUUGGCCUUGACAAUCCGGACAUGAGGCAACAAUACAUCGAGCUUCAGUAGUAGAAAGCUGAAACUGUCUCUUGAGUGCUCUGUGACCCUGUUGAAAAAACUGAUGAGAAGCAAUUGCUUGUUGCAUAAUGUUUGGUACUGGUCCUAAUGCUACCGCAGAUACUAAUUGGUCAGCCCGGGCAUUUCCUUCUGCUAUAAAACCAGGUAAGUCAGUAUGGCUUUUUAUGUGUAGAAUAUAAUAGGGUAGGCUGCGUUUUUGUACAGUUUCCCACAGGAGCUUCAUAACUCCAAACAACAGGUGGUUUGUCACUUGUCCAAGAACUGUUUUAUCCAACCUCUGCACUAGGCCUGCAACAUGAGCAGAGUCGGUUACCACAUUUAUGGCUUGUGGGAACUGUUGAAAUGCCAAUGUGACUGCUUGUAAUUCCACCACUUGUAGGGAGCCUUGUUGAUGCUCAAUUAAAUGUUGCCAAUUUUGUCCAUCAAACCAUGUAACAGCAGCUUUCCUGUUUUCCCAAACCCAUCUGUGAAAACUGUGGGUCCAUCAACAGGUGCUGUUUAGCUUAACAAUUUCUGUGCGAUAGAGAUUUGAGUUCCCAGUUUACAAAGUGGAUGGGAAGGAAAAUGAUACGAUACCUGGCCUGUAAAAUUAAGUAGCGCAGCUUGAAGUGCAGAACUAUUGGCAAGACACCAUUCAAAAUACUGAACUUGUAGAGGAAUAACAAUACAUUCCGGAUCUCGUGCCAAUAGUUCCACACAUCGAGUUCGAAUUUUUAUAAUGAGUUGAGCUAACAGCUCAUAUAAUCCUGGAGCAGGCUUUUUUGUUCGAAAUGGUAAGAAGAUCCACUCCAAUAUAUGGAGGGGGUCUUCCCACCCCUGAUCCCACUGCCCGAGCGCAGCAUAGGGCAUUGAGCCUUCCAGAAAGACCAAUGCCUGCACAAUUAGUCAGGUCAAUGCACCAGACAUGCUUUUCCUGAAUGGCUUUCUCUACAAGUGUCAGAACAUUUCUGGCUUCCUUAUUAAGAAUCCUGGGUGCUGCAAUAUCUGUGUCCCCUUUUAACAGAUCAGCUAGGGGUUGUAUUUGUGAUGAUGUAAGGCCCAAAUAGGGUCUCAGCCAAUUUAUAAUUCCAACUAUUUUUUGAACAUCAUUUAAAGUCUUGAUUUCAGUUACUAUCUCAAUUGCCUGAGGUUGAACUGUUUUGGCCAGCACUUUCAUGCCCAAAUACAACCACGGUUGAACACGUUGUACCUUUUCAGGGCAAAUGACCAGGCCAUAACAUUCCAACAUUUAUCUAGUGUCCCUUUCCAAUUCUCCUCAUUGUUCUGACAUUGCAGCAGCUAAUAAGAUGUCAUCCAUAUAAUGAUAGCAAUAGCAUUCAGGAUAUUUCUGCCGUACAACACUCAGUGCCUGGGCUACAAACCAUUGACAGAUGGCAGGUGAGUUUUUCAUCUCUUGGAGUAAAACCUUCCAAUGAUAUCUUUUUGUGGGUUCUGCAUGAUUAGUCAAAGGAAAUGUAAAAGCAAAUUUUUUGACAUCAUUUUCAUCUAAAGGAAUUGUAAAGAAACAAUCUUUUAAGUCCAUGACCAAUAUGUCCCAUUGCAUUGGAAUCAUUGUUGGGGAAGGUAGUCCCGGCUAUAGUGCCCCCAUGGUUGCAAGCACUUCAUUGAUUUUUCGCAGGUCAUGUAAUAAUUGCCAUUUUCCUGAUUUCUUUUUGAUUACAAAAACCGGUGUGUUCCAAGGACUGUGUGACUCUUCAAUAUGGCCUGCAGCUAACUGUUCUACCACUAAUGUGUGCAGGGCUGUGAGUUUCUUUUUGUUAAGGGGCCACUGAUCCACCCACACUGGCUUAUCUGUAAGCCAUUGCAACCUUAAAGUGGGUUUUUUUAGUGCCCUGCAGGAUAGUGACCCCUAUGGAAAAUCCGUUGUGAUACAGACUCCCCAUUGUCCCAAACAGCCUCUUCCCCAGAGGUUUAAGGGGGCUGGAGUAAUAUAAGGUCGUACAGUGGCAUUUUGCCCUUCAGGGUUCGUAAUAAUUACAGGUUUUUCUGCAAUGAGACUAGUAGCCAUACCUCCUAGACCCAUUACUCCUGAAGUUGCAUGUACCAUGCAACUACAAAAGAAAUUCACAAGAGUCCCCUCCCAGUCUGGGAUCACUGCGUCCUGUAAGGACAAGAGCCCUGCCUGUCUUCAGCAAAGGCACAUGGAUUCAGAACCAUCCAUCUCGCCAAAAAGGAACAGUCUCCUACGGACCUUAAAAGAGAAAAGCCGUUUCUGUUCCCCUGGCACAACCAAGCAGAUGGACCAGACUGCUGAGCAACAGCCAGAAUUGAGUCAUUGCAGUUUCAUGGAAGGGUUGAAGGAGAGUUGAAUCAUAGGGGAGUCAGGGCAGCUGGGGAGAGACACUUCUUUCCUGCACUGUCAUUGCUCUUGCAAGAAAAUUAUUUGGGCAUGAGAAACAUUUUUUUUUUGCCUUUGUGUGCCAUCAUUAGACAGGACAGCAGGAAAGUGACAAGGAAUGAUCUCAUUUCUCCAAGCUGGGAAGAUCUGUUCCAUUGAGAGGAUUUAGGUAUUUUAUUGUGGGUCUUUAGACCUGGAGCUGGAAAGACAUUCAGCUCUCUUCCGUCCCAGCCCUGUCUCUGCUUUAAGCAAAGUCUUUGCACACACAGGGUCUUGCACCAGGUUUCCUUAUGGCAAGGAUGAGUUUGCCUGGUACCACAGCUGCAGGGCUUCAGCCCCCGUGGGAAGCAAUGCCCUCAUCCAGGGGCACAGGCAGGAGGAGCGGGAGCUAUUCCUGUGGGAGAGAGAGAUGGGACAUGGUCACAGAGCUCAGGACGGAUGGUCUUCAAGGACAGCGUCCUCCAAGCUCAGCAAGGUUCCAGAGUCAGUUAAACCCAAUCUCAGCUUGAAUAGCAAUUCAAGGGCACUACGAUGAGUGUUUGCUGCUUCAGGAAGAGUUAAUGAGGAAACAAAGAUCCUAUGUGGUCACUGAUGGAUUUAGGAAGAGCAGAUGUAGGCAGAUCUGGGAUUCCCUGUGUCCUUGUUGUCUCUGUCUUCCCCAGCAAGGUCUCCCAUGCCCCUGUGACUCAGAGCAGGACUCUGGAGCAGAUCAAGCAAUGGUGGAUGGGGACUGAGUCAAGGAUCACUAGAGCAAACGCAAUACCUCCCAGUCUAUGAGGCAGCAGAGGCAGCAUUGCAGGGAGCUGAGUGAGCAGGAUGAUUUCACAGUGAAGCCUCUCCAUCAUCAUCUUCCAGGAAUCAGGCCAGUUCCUUCAAGCAAUGAUAGUGACAUCAGCCCCUGUGUCAAGCAGUCCAGAUAUUUGAAUGGAAUAUGGAAAAGUGGUGUUCAUAACAAGGAUACAUUUCAUUUGUGGUCUUGUGUCUGAGAGAGGUUGUGACGAACAAAUUUGAGGUGGUCCAGUGGAUCCAAAUCCCUCAUCUCCACAGAUGACUUGUUCUGUUUUAAGAACACUGCUUUUAAAAGGCACCAAUUGUGCAAUGCGAGUUCCCUCUUGUAUUGUAACAGGGGGGGUGAUAGUAGAAACCAUUGCACAAAUCUGUCCUGUAAAAUCCUCGUCAAUUACUCCCACAUGAACUAGAAUGUUUUGUAAGAUAGCACUGGAACGUCCGAUAAGUAAGGCACUGAGUCCAUAACCGAUGGGCCUCCACGCUUUCAGAGGGACCUUGUGUACUCCCUGUGUAUUAAUAGUUACUGUGUGGGCGGUGGAUACAUCCAUCCCUGCUGCUCCACUGUUUUUUCCUGAUAAGAGGUCGCAAAGGCCUGGGGCCGCAUUGCAGGAGACCAAGUGUUCUUCAUGGGCACAGGUAUUUGUGUCUGGGCGUGCCCCCCACGCUCUGUCUCCCGUUUCCCGGCUGUAGCAACUCUCCAUUGAUGUGAUAUUUGGACUGGCAUUGCUUAGCAAAGUGUCCAGCUUUCCCACACCUGAGACACCUGCUAACAGCUGAUGUGAUCGCUGAUCUAGCAGUGCCAUUAUUCUUUUUUUGUCUAUUUGAACAGGCAGUUUUGAGAUGUCCAGUCUGGUUACAUUUACAACAUCCUUUGUCAGGUGUUCCCAUGGCUGCCAUAGCAGCAGCGAGAGCAGCCAUUUUUUGGUCAGCCGACCCCAUCUGGGCACAAGCCAUGAUCACAGUUUCAAGAGUCUGUUCACCUGGCAAGGCACGUAUUAUUUUUUGACAAUCUGCAUUAGCAUUAUCUCGCGCCAGCUGUGUGAUCAACAGUGUUUUGACAUAGUCAUCAAAAACUUGGCAUUCUACAGCAGCCCGCAGCCUCUCUACAAAUUGUAAAAAUGGCUCUUGAACUCUCUGUGUAAUUGUUAUAUUUUAUCCUUCGGUUCAGCGAUCUCGGCUGUUCUUAUCAGUGCUUUAAGCCCUACUGCUUUUACCUGUUCAAGCACUGAAGGGUGCCACUGAGCUUGAUGCUGCGGAUUACUAAACUGCCCAGUUCCUGUUAAAACAUCUACACCUUUCCCAUAUCGGGGGUCUGACUCGGGGAGCUGCAGGUUCCAUAUUACCUGUGCUUCUGCCCUCUGAGUCCAAAUAUUUCGAAAAACUGUGCACUGAACAGGCUGAAACAUAAUUUGUGCAAUUUGGGCAAAGUCAUAUGGUGUCACCUUUAAGGUGUAGCUAUUGCCUCGGACAAUGUCCAGUGUCCUUCUAGCAUAGCCUCUUGUUUUACCUUUUGCCAAAAUACACAGGGAUCAUACGGUCUCACAGUAAUCUGUGCCGAGGGUGAAUCCCACGCCUGAGGGGUUUGAGGUUUACUGGAGGAACCCCCAAAGGUUGGCUUGGCGUUAG